AUGGCGCCCGGCCACGCGCUGCCGAAGCGGGAGGUGUACGGGGACUACCUGGCGUUCUGUCGGGACCACCAGCUCGAGGCCACCAACGCGCCGGCCUUUGGCAAGAUCCUCCGCAUGGUCUUCCCCGACAUCACCUCGCGCCGGCUGGGCCGCCGCGGCCAGACCUCGCACCACUACAACCACUUCCGGCGCCGCCCCGCCGGACAGGCCCCCGCCCACCUCCACCUCACCGGCGGCCUCCUCUCCGCCCUCACCGCCGGCCUCGGCUGGACCGCCGCCGCCGCCUCCUCCUCCUCCUCUUCUCCCACGCUCUCUUCUUCUUCUUCUUCAUCAUCGUCGUCGUCUUCAUCGACCACCGCCAGCACCACCACGCUACCCACACAUCAUCACCACCAGCAGCAACAUCAUCAUCAACACCAGCAUCAGCAUCAUCAUCAGCAUCACCAGCACUAUCAGCAGCGACACGAUCACCCCGGCACGACCAGUGGCAGCGGUGGCGGUGGUGUGGGCGAGGAGCCGCCUCCGUUCUCGACGCUCGCGGCGGGGCGGCGCUCGCCCCACCCGCUCCUCCCGCCGCCCGUCGCCUCGGGCUUCCCCCACCCUCUCCCGCCUCCCUGCUUCGAUGAGACGCAAAAACGGGCGAACCCGUUUUCGUCGUUCAGCUAUUCGUCGUCGGAGGUGGCGCCUUCGUCGCUGCUCGCGGUCCCUCGCAUCUCCGCCGUCGGCGGUGAGAUGCCCCACUUUGCGCUAAGCACCCACCAGCUGCAUCCCGACUUCAAGCAGGACGCCGAAUCCUUCAGUUCCCUCUACCGGAGUCAUCAGCAGGAGGUGUGCGGGAUCAUGAGCGGGGCGUACCUCAACUACGAGGUCCUCCAAUCUGCCCUCUGCGCAUUCUACCCACAGCGUUAUGGCUCCACAACGCUAAACGCGCGUGCUUCGGACCAGCAGAUGAAGAAGUACCACCACCUGCUCUCCUCCCAGGCCAUAGUCGACCAGAUCGCCGAUAGCGACCUGCAGUUCUACGGCUGGAUGGUGGGGCAGCUGGUGCCCGACGUGCUGGCCGACACGAGCGAAGACAAGCUGAGCCGCCUCCUGCACCUGGCCGAAUCCUUCGUCCCCCUGCUCAAGGCCGCGAUGACCUACUCGCUCCCGCCCGCCCUCGCCGAGUCCAAGGCCAGGACGGCCAUGAAUUUCUCCAAGACCCUCCGCUCGCGUGCGGUCGUGGCUCGCCUGUCGACCCGGCUGCGGGCGGUCCUGGAACACGACGCGGGGCGGGAGGAGGUGCAGGCCAUGACUGCCGGGUGGCACCGACUCGACUUUGAUUUCAUCGACGAGAAGACCGCCAUCUACGGCCGCUUCCGCCACAUCGCCAUGACCUUCCGGGAGGGGUACACGGUGCUGCUGCAGCAGCGCAGGCGCCUCGACGAUUGGUCCGCCUGGCUCAUGCGCCUGGCCGAGAGCGUGGCCAAGGGCGAGUUUGAGUCGCAGGCCCGGUCGAUGGGGGACUUUCUGAUGAAGUGGGGCGUGUACAGCCACCUGGUGCUGUGCAACCUGGCCGUCCUGCGGGCCGAGCGGAUGGAGACGUUCUACCUCCUCUUCGACUGGGUCCAGACCCUCCUCGCCCUGUGCCUCGAGGAGCAGGAGAUCACCGGUACCCUCCGCCGACGACACACGCCCUAUCGCCCCCUCCAGGGCGAGAUGGAGCGUGGGCGAGUCGACCACGGGGCCGACGGGCGCGGCGAUGAUGAUGGUGGGCGGGCGGCGGGGAAGGAUCAGCAAUCGAGGCUGAUGUCCCAUCACCACCACCACCACCAUCAGCCGCAGCAGCAGCAGCAGCGGGAGGAGACGGAGAAGGAGGGCGGCAAGCACGCGGCCCACUAUUCGCCCAAGAGGGCACCGUACGCCCCAACCGCCGGCGACGACUUCUCCGACUUUUGA